AUGAAUGCAGUUAUUUUCUUCGAUUUGCCGAGGAGAACACAUUCCAGUUUGCCAACAACUGCGAAACUGUCUUCAGAGAGUUUCGUAUCUCCUGCGUCCACUUGCGCCGAGAGCGCGAAGCUUUGGACUCACUUGAGGAGAAGGAUGUGGCCUGGAGGUUUCUGUGCAAGCUGUGUCGAGAAAGGCCCUUCUUGCACGAUCGAGUUCACGAGGUGCUCCAGAUCUUGA